GGUUUUCUUCUCGGCUCAGAGUAAAACAUCCGGGGCCGGCUAUGGAUAGUCACGUGACCUUUGGCUCACCACCGGCGGACGGUCACACGUGUGUCGUAUUGCAAACCAAAUUUCUUUCAAAUUUUGCAGUUUUGGGGAGGAUAUUGCACGUUAAUUGUGUUGCAUUCUAAAGUGCAAUCACUGCACUAAGGGUGCUGGAUUGGCAUAGCCAUGGGCAUCAAGGAAUUUCAAGAAUUCCUGGAGACGGAAUGUUCCAGUGCUUGUGUUUCUGUAGAUCUACUGAAAAUCUCGAGAACCUUUGUUCCGAAGAGGCGACCUAUCGCUCGUCUUGGUCAAGUGGGAACAAAUGGUCGCUUCUGUGUUGUUGUGGAUGCUGAAAGCUGCUUAGAUAGAUUGUACGGAGGGUACUUUUCUGAUUGGGUUUGCGGUGGACAAUGGAAUCGUAUGACUGCGUUCCUCGCAAACUUGGUUCAAGCUUGCCACAGCGCCAACAUGGAGCUUGUUGUUUUCUUCAACGGAGCCUUGGAAAAUCAAAAGAUUAACGAAUGGAUGUCACAGCAGCUGACUCAGAGAGACAAAGUUCGUUAUGUACUUCGACACAUUGCUAACAAAGGGACCCCACCCCCUAAAGUAUGGUGGAAUCAACCAGUAUUUCUGAAAGAAGCACUCAAAAUGGCACUUCGUCAGUUAUCAGUGACCAUUGCUUGCUCCAUGGAUGACCACCACCAAGAAGUGAUUCGAUUUUGUAGAGAACAUAACCUGCAGGGUAUAAUUGCACAAGAGUCAAUAUACACAAUCUUUGAUCCACCCAGAUACUUUUCAUCAAACAACUUGAAACUCACCUACAAAGGAUCCCUGGAAACUAAAGAAUACAUCAUGGAUGAGAUUGCAAAGUGCAUGAACCUCAACCCAAACAGAUUUUGUAUUUUUGCUGCAUUGCUGGGCAAUCACAUUCUCACUGAUGAAGAUCUUGUGCAAUUUCGUGAAUUAAUGCCCAACUCAGACACUGGAAAACCCAGGAGAAACCGUGAGAAGCUGGAUGUGGAGAUGAUUAAGGCAACAUGUGAUUAUGUUAGAAAUUUGCCAGCUGUUGAUAAUCUGGAUGUAGUUGGCAAUGAUGUUUUCAAGUUGGCCAAAACGAACAAGACUGAUUUGGUAGAGAGAUUCAAACAAAGUGUGCAAUACUUUGUCAAUGGGACACAAGAUGGAUACUACAAAAAAGGCCCACACCAGAGAGGUAGGCCACCACUUCCACACCAGCCUGGAUAUGGCAUGCCACCGGGCCACCAUAAUGCUCAUUCUUACCAGGAUGCACGAACUCAAGGAAAUGCGAUGGGAGAUGCUCAGAGCAAGAGAAGUCCUGGCUUACCCCAACCGACCUCAGAAAUCCUGCGUGUAGCAAUUGACAGACAUCAGAAGGGGCUGAUGCACCCUCACAUCUACCAAGUUCUGACGCAGGGAGAAGUGAAACUACCUGUGAUUCUAGAAGAUGACACAACACGUGAGCUGCCAUCAUACAUUGACCUGUACAGACCCUUGCGUCAAACCAUCUACUCAGUGUUGUUGAACUUGAACAAGCAGAAAAUUGUUCAUGAGAUUCAGAACAAGGACAAACCCAAUGUUCCGCAGCCAGACUUCUCAGCUCAGGUGAAGGAAUGGGUGGUUCGGCGUGGCUCUGGGAGACCCACCUAUGAGGUUGUGACAGCUCGGCCCGUUGAGUGGAAGACGCCCAGCGUCCAGCGCAUGUGGCUGGGCCAACAGGAUGGGGACAAAGACCGCAGACUGAGGGCUUUCCUCACCAUCAUGAUGAGCGAUACUAGCCUGAUGCUCAACACCAACUAUGUGCCCCAGCAUCUACUCGUCAUGUGCUGUGUGCUCAGAUAUAUGAUGCAGUAUGGCCGCAUUCUUCAGAGACAGGAGCUGGAGGCCUUCCUUGCCAUGUCCGUUUCUCCAUUGUUGCAUGAUGUUCAAACCAUGCAAGAUUUGAAGCUCCCCAACAUUCUCCCUCGGGGCAGCCAGCUGGCCUCCCUGUUUAUGUCUGGCAUUGAGACGGCUACUGUGGCCAACGAUGUCUGUGGUGCUCCCAUCCCUUGGACCAUGAUUUGCCCUUGGCUGUACUUGGACGGCAAGCUCUUCCACUACAAACUCCUCAAAGCCAACAACAACACGCCUCUCAUUGACAUGUGUGAUGGACAGAUGGAGCAAGUACUGAGAGUUGAGAGAAUGCGACAGGCCAUCCUGGAGAAUCUACGCGUGGACUUUGCCAAACCUCUUCUGCCUGGAUUCUACUACCCCUAUCCCAACAUGCCAUACCCAGGUGCUCCCUUGCCUUAUGCCCCUGCUGGGGCUUCCAGAGGCAGAGGAGGACCGCCGGGGCGCCAGAUGGGCAGGGGUAGAGGGAUUCUAGGUAAUUAUGGGCGGUCACCUGUGGAAGCCCAGGGAGGUCAGUUGGAGAUUGCUGGUGUUGUUGUUGGCCAGUGGGGCCCAAACACUUCCAACCGCAGGGGACGAGGAGGGCAGAUGCCACCUCAAGUCAUGUCUGUUGGCCAAAGAGGAAGAGGUUUAUACAACGGCAGAGGUGGCUUCCUGCCUGGUAGAGGGGGACUGAUCCGAGGCAGACCAGUGGCUCCCUUGUACAGCGGCCGUGGUGCAUACAGACCAGGGUAUUAUGGCCGGGGUCGGGGCUCCCCAUCCAAGCGACCCGUGAGGAUUGUCGCCCGGCCAGGGAGAGGCAGAACAGUGAAGGCUGCCCCUGCCAAGGGACGUGGUGUCACUGUUGAUGUAUCUUCUACAAUGAAGUCAAAGACUAACGAGCAGGACUAUGAUGAGGUGGAUGAGGAGGUGAAUGGUGGAUAUAGUGGAGCAUCAGAGGAUGAGGAAGAGGAGGAGACCAGCAACGCCACUGUCAGCGUCAAUGCAUAAACAUUGCCAAACCUGGAAGGACCACAUGUUGGAUUUUUAUGAUUAAAUUCUUUUUUUUUUUUUAACAUGAAUCUCUGCUUCAUUAGUGAAACUUAUCCAUGCUGUAGUAGUUACUUUGGUGUAACUGGACAGUUGUUUUUUAAAGCCUGCAUCCCUCCUAAAAUGAAACCGUUAGUCUAAUUGUAGUUGUACUGUUGGAAAGCCGUGUCUGAAAAUAUAGCAGGAAGACAUCAGAAAAUAACUUUUAUCGUAGUGGGUUUUUUUCUCCUUUAUUAUAUCACUUCAGUUGAACAGAUUUUGUCUUGACCUCAAAACCACAUUGAUUAUUGAGCAUGGAUUUAUUAUCAACUUUGGUUAAGAGAUCUUGCAGAUUGUAAUGGGCAUUAUGCUAAUCAAACUGCUUGUUACAUAAUUCUCUAUCUGUUCAUUUACAUAUUGUACAAAACAUUCAUCCCCACCUCACCCAAGUAUUUUAAUUUGUUGGUUCAACUCUCCCUCAAAAUCAAAGUCCUUUAUGUUUUUCACCUCAUCAAGAGAUUUCAAGUCAUUUGUUAGUUAAAUAUUUCUUCCUAUUGGAUUCAGAGUGCUGAGGUUUGAGUUGGUUACAAGAACAAAAGAGAUUCCCUGUAAUUGUGUCAUUGGCUGCCAUUUUGUGUACAUACAGCGAUAAUUAAAUUGUUCAUUGGUAUGUGAGAGUGAUCUGAAGUUGAAAAGAAGUCCUGGUGCUUUUUCUGUCUGUCUUGUCUUUCUCAGAGUGGGGUGGGUUUUUUUUGUUUUUUGUUGUUGAUAUGUUGUUUUAUUAAUGUUUAUCAGCACUGUAGAAGCACACAUUGUGUGCAAAGUACAUCUUGAUAUUGUUUGCUAAAAUUUGUCUUUUCCAAGAGUUGUCCUCUCAUUUCAGGUCAUCGACACAGGGCCGUAAAAGGAUAUUCAGAAAACAUGAUCAUGAUCUGAUAUAUUGGAAUGCUGUCAGAACUUGGAUGAAAUCAGAAACAUGAAUUCUCCAGAAAACAAUGGUGCUGGCUUACAUGUUGGCAGCUUACCAUGUCAUUCAUAAUUCUGUUCAGCUUUUUCUUUUGUAGUGAAUGUAAAAUCUAUUUGUCGUCGUCGUAGUGAUAUCUCGUUCAGAUAAAAGUAUCUAAUAGAUUAAUUUCAAUGUGUCGGAUGACUUGAAUGGGUUUAUCAUUUUUUUCCUUACUUUUUUUUUUUAGUUCCUCUGUAAUUGUACCGUAUCCAAAAUCUUCAGAAACAGAUUGGAUUUGCUCCCCAAGGUUUUGCAAUCUUAAUGUAAUUUAGCUUGAGGAUUUCACAUUUGUUUUUCUGCCAUGGAGGAGUUAACUUCAAUAAUAACUAUCAUGAGUGACCUCCUGGCUGCUGUCACACACACACUCCCCAACCCCUUUUCCUCCCAUUGUGAAAAGGUGUAGUGUGAUGGAGAACUCUUUUCAUGUGGUAAAAGUUUCUUCAAGUCUUGUUGAACCAUCAGUAUUCCACUAAACAAUUACAGAGUUGUAUGUAUGUACAUAGACUGUAGUUAUUAAUAGAUUGAAUUUCAUUUUUGUUUGCUGUUCAUUGCCAUUGUUGGAAGAGAUUUUUACCACUGAGAAGAUUUCUGUUUCAAGUAAAGAGUAUACUUUGCUAACACAUGUGUGAAGAGAGAUAAGUUCAAAUUAUCAGACAAAUAUUGGAAAAAAAAAAAAGAAAAAAAAAAGCCAGCCCCCCCCCCACUCCCACUAUUUAUGAAGUCACUGAUAUAUAAUCAAUGCUAAUGUCAUUUUUGUUGUUUUUAAUACCUUUAUAGUGCGAGUGCUGUAUGUGAGUGAUUUUGUUUUUGAAAGCCUCUGAAUUCAGUAGGAAGUGGUGUUUUUGGUAUGUACAAGAACAGAAAUUUCUGAAAGUACAGAAAUAUGGACUUGUCUCUAAAUGUCGUGAUCCAUGUUUUUUAAAAAUUUUCGUUUAAUGAAUUACAGACAAGUGUGGUAGGAAAUUAUUUUGAUUAAACUGAACUUUCUUUGUCAGCCACAUUACCCAUCGUUCGAGCUUUAUCUUGUACACACCAUUAACAACAACAACCUCUUUGCAGUAUGUUUAUCAUGCUAAGCAUUGCAAAAAGGUGGAGAAGGAUUACCUUCAUGUGUUCUAACUGUUUGAACAUUUGUCUAAAAGCAUAGUGCAAGUGGAUAUUAGUUUGUAUUUGCAGUAAGUGAAGUCAGUUUUCACCAAUCGUCUCAUACACCAUUUACAUUGUGUAUCUGUUUUGGUAAUGAAUUCUGCCUGGAACGUUACUUCAGUUUAUUACAAAUUCAUUGUUUUUGCUCGCAAACAUUCAUGAAUGAAUUCCACUUGCUACAGGUAUUUUCUCAAAUGUUCAAACGGUGUAGAGAGCACCAUUCUAAUUGAAACUUCUCAACACUUUGCCCCAGUGUGUACCACUCAGGUUCCAGACGGCCUCUCACAAAGGACUCUUGUUGAUGUUGGGCACAGUGGGCAGCUUUUCUCCCACCGCCGCCUACAUUACAUUGCAUUUAUAAUGUCCACAUGAGAACAGACGGUCGAGAUGGCUUUGCUGUCUGUUCUCUAUGUCAUACAUGCUUCUGUGAUCCCUGCAGUGAAAAAUGAAUAGCGAGAGAUCUGGAUGCUGUUCAGCCAAACCUUUUAGUGGAUGAAGUUAUGCAGAAUUUUCAUGCAGUCUCGGAACUGCUGCAACAAACGGCAGUGACAAUUCUGUUAUGGUCAGGUGUGAUUGAAUGAGGUGCUUUGGUUGAAGUAAUGCUGUUUUUGUGAUGGGGGGAAAAUCAAAGCCAGUAUAUUACUACUGUUCUCUCCCUGCCCGGACUUGAGUGGACUUCUGGCAGAUGUUCACCUGAUAUAUUUUUGAAUCAAUUUUACAAAGAAGUGUAUUGUUUUGUACAUUUCACAGCUUGUUUUUGUACAAUCUUGGAUGGAUUUUGGUACCGAUCUUUUAAUUUGUCGAUGAAUGGUAAUGCAUGGCAAUGUAUUUCUUUUGCUUUGGAUUGUGAUCAUGCAGUGGUAAGUUUGCUGAUCAGGCGUGGUGUUGAGUCUGGAAGCAAGCUUUUCACCGUGUGUCACAGCCAGGGGCAAAGACUGGAAGAUGGAUUUUCCUAGCUUAUAGCUAAGGAAGAUAAUUGAAGGACAAACUAAGAUUUUAUAAAAAGCGUCUUUGUAUUGAGGCCUGGUAGCAAAUGGCCCGUGCUAAGGGUCGACUCUUCAGGAGCACACUUUCCAUAUCCCUCAGACAUCUCCUCGAUUACUCGCAAUGACCUGGUGUGUAGUAACUUGGUGUGGUGGAAAGUUCAUGACAUGAUAAAACAAGCUGAGAAGGCAUAGCAGGAUAGGAUCAGUUAUUUAGAUAAUGGAACCCUCGUUAUUACAAUUUGUUAGCUAUUGGCUGUAUUGCUGAUUUGGAUCAAUUUUUUCUUGUUAGUUUCAUGGUAGUCUUCUUUUUUUUUCUAGAAUUUUAACGAAUCUUUUCUCUGUCUGGAAACUUGAAAGAUUAUAAACUGACAAUUUUUUUAACAUCUGUAUUUUUUUUUUCCUAUGAUGAGCAGUAGUUUUUUUCCUCACUGAUUUGUAUUAUUUAGGUCCUUAUCCCUGCUUUGUGUUGGAUGAUAUAAGAUUGAACAAAAACUUGAGAUUAUGAGAAACUGAACAACAGUUGAACUGUUUCUCGUCCUGACUUUUCCUUUCCCAGUGAAAUGGUGAAUGGUGUUAAAACUCGAUAUCAGACUAAUAUUACUUCUAAGAUGUCAGAAAAAUAUCUGUGAAGCUUUCUUUACCCAUUUGUGAAUUUAAUUACUUUUUGGCCAAACUACUCCUCUUUUUGGAAUGAAGUAAAUGAUAACUUUUGCUAAAGAGAGUCACAAAUUUAAAACUGUCCUAAAUAUCAAUGAAAUUGAUUUGCUUCUGCAACUCUUACAUACAUCCACAGUAUGAUUAAGCAAAAAAGGAAAUCAACAACAUGCAAAUUUUCUUGUGUGAAAAAAAACACAUUUUGAACAGUGCUGAAAUAUGCACAGAUGCUUGUGAGCAUCAACCCGUGGAUCAAUACAUUAUGUGGGCAAUAAGAUGGCAGGAAUUGCUUUUAAAAAAAAAAAAUUGGCUUGACUAUUGCCACUGUAGAGUGAGAAUGAGCCAGAUAACAGAGCUUUUUAUAGCUGGAACACGUAGGAACAAUCAUAUAGGCCACAUAAUCUAUUGAUUUAUUUUUCCUUCUAUCUAUCCCCUUCAUUCCCUUUGUCAUUGAGUAAAGGGUCUCUUAAAGACUUGCAAAAUAAAAGCAGUGCUUUUUGCGCUUUGCUGCAAUAUACCUUAGGAGAGCAAGGGCUCAAGCAGAUUUCUGCUGAGAUUUUUUCAAUCAACCUGUAAUUUUUUUCUAAUGAUAUAGUGACGUGCUUUACGUGGUGUUGCAUUGUAUAUAUACUAUGACGGUGUCACUGAAUUUCCUUUCCCUUUGUUUAUUUCUAGAAACACUUCCUUCAAUAUCCGUAGCCUCAGAGCUCUUAGUCUUUGUAUUUGUCUAUAUUUUUCUUUAGUUAGGCAGGUGCAAAUUUAGUUUCCAUCUGAAAUCGAGCAGCCGAAUUGCUUAAUUUUCCCCCCACCCAUGAUAAAAUAAAUAAAAUGUAGAAUGUAUGGAUCCAGGCGUUAUAUUUGUCAGCUCUCAACUUGUGCUUUCAAACACGUUUUGACUCAAAAUGGAUAAGUCAAAAAUUUUUAAUUUUGCAGAAAUUGUUGCAGUCAUGCAGAUUGCACUACACUCUUCUCGACCAGAAUAUUUCAAAUCCCUUUUUAAAGCAGUUUUAAGAGGUAGUACAGGAACAGUGUUUUCUGAUCAUGUGGUCUUCCCUUCAUUCUCUUGCAAGGAUUGUUAUAACACCAGUCAUUCUUGGGUAUUUCCCUUUACAGAAACCUUUAUGAGUUCAUAGAGAGAGCUCAAUAUAUCUUUUGUGGAAUAGUUAACCCUUUUUUGUGUUAAACCCUAAAAAUAGUUUAAGCAAACAAAGCUUUAUUUUAUUACUGUUCUUGUGGAAUGUGGAAGCAUCAACAUCAAUUUCCCAUUGUCUGGGAGAUCUUAGGUUAACGACAAUGAUCUUUCACGAUCCACUCUGAUUGGUUUUUUAGUUUUUGGUUGCAACUUUUCUUGCAAGUUUCAAGACCCUGAUAAACAUUGGGAAAUGUUUGUGUUAAGAAAAGACAAUUUUUAUGCUCUUUCUAAACUGUGUAUUCUGAUAUAUAAUAUGCUUAAGUCUUGUCCAAGUCUUUUGGGAUUGUGCGUAAAGCAUGAAGAGUUUCUUUAGCGUCUUAAACUGAAAUUCCAGAUAACAUUUUAAUGUGUGCAUCGCUUUUCUUCUUUGAACAGUCUAGUGUUAAGCAGAGUGUUACAAUUUUCCUCUUUCUUUUCCCUUCUAUCACUUCUCUCCCCGUUUUGAAAUGUUUCAUUUGUUGGAGCUGAAUAAAAUAGGAGGUCUCACCUUUCUUUAUCCCCCGUCUCCCUAUGUAUGAAAAAGUCAUUGUAGUUACAAUAAACGUGCUUAUUGUCUGCCUGCUUGCAAUUGCUCCUCUUACACAGUCACUUAAUUAAAAAACAAUUUUGUAUGAUCCCAACUCUGGUCACUGGAAUCUUAUUUCUUAUGGAAUUUCUGUAAAAUUCAAAUUCUCCUCUUUGGAACCUUAAUUUCUCAUGGAAUUUCAAACCUUCCUCUCUGGAACCUUUUGUUUUUGCUCCAUUUGUAAUUAUUUUCGUUAUUUUCCCCUUUUUUCCCAUUUAUUUUAAGCAUUCUAGAGAUAUUAUGUUUGUCCUGCUUUUCCAGUAAAAAAAUCUUACUAGAACACAUUUAGAGGACUGUUUGGCAAGCUUGUACAUGGCUUCUUUGAUAGAAACUAUUCUGUUGCAGAAUUAACUAAACCAGUUAAUGAGCGAAGCAUUGCUUCUGUUUAUUCCUACUCCCUCCCCCUUCCCAGUUUUACUUGAAGACAUUGCAUGGCUACAAUUGAGUGGAAAAGUUUUGACUUUUUGAGUUUUAUUUUGCACACUUGGUGUAUUUAUAAGUGUCGGUUAUUAUUGACCUAUCAAAUAGUGUUGGUUUGUAAUGAUGUCCAUUUAUUUGGAAUCUUUUAUAAAGAUGUAAACUUAGUUCCAGAUGAGAGUGCUGACUCAAAAUUAAAAAGUAACCUAAAGGGUAUUUCAAAAUAGAUUCCUGAGUUUGUUUUGGGUAACAUGAUUUAAAAAAAAAUUAUACUCAGGAAUGAAAAUCCUGCUGUUAUGAAUUAACUUUAAUACAAUCUUUGACUGAAGUAUUUCACUUUUAGAACAAGGAGGUAUCUUCAUUUGCAUUGUAAUUGCUUUUGAUUUCUCAGAUUUAUUUUUACAGUGCAUGAAAAAUGUUUAAGCUAAAGCUUAGAUACAUCAACAAAAUAUUCCAAAUGAAAUGGAAACCCUGUAUCAGAACAUGAUCUUUUUGUUAAUCUUGAGUACUUUUGUAUUUUGUAUGCAUCAUAUAUUAUUAAUGCAUGACUCAAUUCCGAGCUAGGGCUAAAAGUAAGAAAAUGUGACCAGAAAAAGUAUGAAAUGGAAACAUUGAAUGGGGUUGUCAUUUCUAUGUAUAGGAAAAGUAAAAUCUAAUCCUACAGAUGAUGAUCACGAUUCCCUGAUCGCUUUGUAGUACAAUCAAGUACAUAAGUAUUUCAAGGGCUCUACCAACAAAGCUCAUGUUUUGACUCAGAUUGGGAACUUGUCUCGUUUUAACUGUUAAAAAAAAUUGAGUUGCCCUGUAGUUGCUUUCAACUACCAUUUUGGCUUUGCGAUUUUGUCAAAAAGUGUCCCUUGUUUUGAGAGAAAUUAAAUCAUUGAAAAAUUCUGAAAAUCCCUUAUGACUAAAUACAAGCUAUUAUUCUGGAGGGUUGAAACCCACCUAAACAUUCAUCUCAUUUUCCUAUAAGGUUUAAAAUUAAAAGGAAAAGCAUGUGAAUCUACACCUCCACAUGGAAGUUUUGAAACUCAUUCAUCCUUAAUGUAUUGACAAAAUAACUAAGUCCUUUGUCUCUGAAGUUGUUCCUGGGCAUGCAUUAAUUACUUUACAUGUGAACAAGUCAAUGGUUUUGUAGUCAGUUAUUUUAUAGAUUACUUGUCCAUGUGCAUUCUCUUUGUACCAAACUGUAACAAUAGUGUUUUUGCAGCAGUCAGUAUUUAUCUGAGUUAGGACUUGGGAAUAUUUGAUUUAUUUUUAAUAUCAAAAACAUACUAUACGGUAAUUAGUAGUCAAAGGGGAAUGGGCCAUUUUUGUUCAUUUUGUAGUAGCUGGGGCCAGGUUUUUGCCAUUUGUUACAUGUAUGCAAAACGCAUAAAUAUUUAGAGGGUUUCAUUUUUCUCUAAGUGGCAAAGAAAACACUAUUGUUCUGUUAGUCAUUUGUAUUAUUUGUGGUGAUGUAGUCCUAUUAUUAAUAAGGAAACUAUGGAAAAAAAAUAUUUAGAGGUUAGUUGUCCUUUAAUGGUGUGAGUACUGAGAAGGUUAUAUGAUUAAUAAAUGUUGUAAAGAAAGA